AUGGCCUACCAAGGAUUCGCCGCGGAGUACCUGGGCAUCCCCGCCGUGACGCGCGCCUACACCACCGCCUGCGUCAUCACCACCGCUGCCGUGGUAAUCGCUGGGGAGGGGGAGAGAAAGGGAGGCAGGCGGAAAUCCAACAGGGAGAGCCGCAACAGCCCGCCCGGUGCGAUGCCCGCCUGCCUUGUAUGGAGCGCAUUUUCUUUCCGGCCCGAGGGUGGCUCUGGGGCGGCGGAGGCAGCAGCAGCCCCAUCGCCCUUGCCUCGGGCCUGGGGUGGCGGUUUCCGUUCCCUCUCUUGCCAGCAGCCCUUGGGCUCUGCUGCCCCGAGUGGGGAUUGCACGAGGACGGCAUUGCACGCCUCUCCUCUUCCUGGGAACCAGCUGGGAUGAAGGGCGGACGAGGCAGGGCUACCUGGAAAGCCCAUCAGAGCCAGGCAGGCGCUGCCUUUGCUGUGCGCCCAGGAUCCCUGCUCAGCCCAUUGCCUGCCUUUUUGUAUUUUGCAGCAACUGGAGUUCAUCACGCCUUUCCAGCUGUAUUUCAAUCCGGAUCUCAUUUUCAGGAAGUUCCAGGUGAGGCCUGGCCCUGCCCCCCGUUUGCUUACUAGCCUCAGGGCAGGAUGUGUUUGCAGUGGCUGUUUGGCAGUCCCAUGCUCGCUUCAGAAACGACCUAUUUCUGGGGACAGGGGAGUUCUCAGGAAGUGUUGGCGGAAGCAAGCAACAGGCUUCUUGCAAGAAGACUGUGUGUGCAUCUGGUGGUGCUGGGGUUGGUGCUGUAUUUGGCCACCUGGUGCUCUUUCCAUGUCUCCUUUUCUUGCAGAUCUGGCGACUCAUCACCAACUUCCUGUUUUUUGGGCCGCUGGGAUUCAGUUUCUUCUUCAACAUGAUAUUCCUGUAUCCUUUGACCCUGACUACUUAUUUUUGCGCUCUCUCUCUGCCACUUUCAAAAAGUGUUCUUGGCUUAUCCUGACAGCAGCAUGACCUGCCUUUUGCCUCUGUUGACUCUGAAGGUCUGCAUGGGUAAACAACACAGCCCUCAAGACAAAAGAAGCAGCUGGAGAGCAGAAUCCUAAAAGUAACAGGAGCCAAAAUUCAUAUGGUCUCUUAGCGGUAGCUCUCACAGCAGUUUCUGACUGUGUGGCUCACCUGUAACGUGUGAGCAAGGACUAUACCCCAGUUCAUGGACUGGGAGGGAGACACGGGCUGCACAUGUUAAAUAGGUAAAGGGACCCCUGACAAUUAGGUCCAGUCGUGACCGACUCUGGGGUUGCGGCGCUCAUCUCGCUUUAUUGGCCGAGGGAGCCGGCGUACAGCUUCCGGGUCAUGUGGCCGGCAGGACUAAGCCGCCUCUGGCGAACCAGAGCAGCGCAUGGAAACGCCGUUUACCUUCCCGCCGGAGCGGUACCUAUUUAUCUACUUGCACUUUGAUGUGCUUUCAAACUGCUAGGUUGGCAGGAGCAGGGACCGAGCAACGGGAGCUCACCCCGUCACGAGGAUUCGAACCACCGACCUUCUGAUCGGCAAGUCCUAGGCUCUGUGGUUUAACCCACAGCGCCACCCGCGUCCUUUGCACAUGUUAAGUAGCAGCACACAAACUACCACAUUAAACUGUAGAGCAAAGUAUCAAAUUGGUCCAAGAUGUAAAACUCAGAACUCUUAAGUUUGGUAGGAAUUUUCUUCCCAGGCCUAGGAAGCCCACUUAGCUGCACAGCUCAGAUGGGAAACAAGGCAAAUCUCAGCUUGCUAGAAGGAAGCCUGGCCCAAGUCAGGAACUGGAAUAGAUGGAGAGGAUUUGAUCUGUGCCACAGUAAUAGGGGUAUUCAGACCAUACCCCUCGCAUACUUUUGGAGCAGGGCGUUGCUGAGAUGAAUGGAUGAUGAUGAGAUCAGAAACUUCCAUGCCUAGUAACCAUAGCAUACAAAAUCUCUCUUCUUAGGACUGAAAGCCUGUUAACAAGAUGCUUUCUCCAGAGUAUUGGAAACUCCUAUGUAUACUUAUGAAAUUUGCAGUUGGGGCACCCCAAAAAAGAGGAGCUCCAUGUAUGUCCUGCUACCCUCUAGCCAAGGGCUGCUCAGGGUUAGGGUUAGGGUAUGCAAGUUGCUAUUGUUUUCAAAUGAAUCUCCAGUCCUUCUGAAGCCAAAUCCCCAGCCAAGUUCACACUGUGCUGCAGCAGGGCCAAAGGUGCUGCCUCUAACCAGAUGUGUUGGGCAAGCUUCUGCCCUCAAGGUAAAAGGCUCUGUGGUUUGGUUCAGAUCUGCCCGCCCUUGCCCAAGUGGCUGUUUUUGUGGUGAAAUGACUUGUGUCUGUAUUAGCCCUAGGGCUAUUCUGCCUAGCAAUCCAUCCAUCCGUUAGUUUCCUUUAUUACCUCCCUCCAUUGCUGCCUGCUCACAGGUACAGAUACUGCAGGAUGCUGGAAGAAGGCUCUUUCCGCGGAAGGACUGCAGACUUCAUCUUCAUGUUCCUCUUUGGAGGGUUUCUUAUGACAGUAUCCUUUCCCGUUAAUUUUCUCAUUGUUCUGCUUCUGGAUUGGUUUUGCUCUCACCUGGGACCAUGGCAAAGGGGCUGCCACCCUGUCCAUUCUGAAGGAUCAUGAAAGGCUUUUAGAACUCACACAAUCUGUUUUUAAAAUUGCUGCAUUGGUUGCCAGUUUGCUUCUAGACUAGGGCUGGGCAAUACCUGGUUUUUCAACAUCCUGAUAUAUCACCAGCUAAACAUCUCGAAAUACCUAUAUAUCACGAUGUCUGGAAUAAGGAUGAAGCUUGGCUGGCUUCAUGGCUUUUCCUGCAUCGUGAUUUUUCCAUAGCACACACACGCACGAUUCACUAUAUAUUGCCAGGUCAAAAUUUUUGAAAGAGAUUGCCACAAUUCGGACUUCAAACUGGUUUUGGAUGAUGUAUCAAUAUAUUGCCCAGCCUUAUUCUGGACCCAAUUCCAAGGUGCUCUCAUUAGUGUUUAGAGCUCAAAACGACUUUGCCUCCAAGUAUCUGCAGGAUCGCAAGAUCUGCAAUACCCUCUUGGGCAUUAAGACCUGCAGAGGGAGUGCUUCUGGUAGUUCCACUGCCAAGAGGUUAGGGUGGUAAUUUGUUUUAAUAUUGUAUUUUUAAAUAGUUGUGACCUCCCUCGGACCUUAAACUGAAGGGCAGGUAAUAAAUAAUAAUAAUGAUGAUAGGAAGCUGUUUUAGGGGACUCUUUCAGCCUUUGUUGAGCCAAUUAAAUCUCUCCCCACCCCCUGCCUUGACUCUGUAGCUCUCAGCUUUUUGGACUCUUUGCCAGCCUCUUCUUCCUGGGCCAGGCCUUCACCAUCAUGCUGGUUUAUGUGUGGAGCCGGAGGAAUCCCUAUAUCCGCAUGAACUUUUUUGGGCUGCUGAACUUCCAGGCGCCUUUCCUGCCCUGGGUCCUGAUGGGCUUCUCACUGCUGCUGGGCAAUUCCAUCAUCAUUGACCUCUUAGGUGAGGGCGGGAGCUUCCUCUUCUUGCAGAGCUUCUUGGUAUAUCUGUGAGGAGCUGGUUCUCACAGUCAGUGGCAUAGCAUGGGGCUGGGGCUACCGGGGUAAUUGCCCAUGCACACUUUUUUAAAGGGGUGCACUGCUGCACCUGCCACCCUGACUGGAGGAGCUCCCUGUCCUGCCCAUCUGUCUCACCUGAGCAGUACACCAUGCAGGAGGUGGGAGAGGACGGGCCUUUGCAUCCCUUGGCCAGGGGGCGUCCCUCCACUGGUGGGGGAGGCGGGCAGGUGGCGGCAGCAGGGAGAUGCACAUGUAUGUCCCACCGCUGCUCCACAGCUCUGUCUGGCAGCGGCAGCAGCAGCAGCAGCAGCAGCAGCAGCAGCAGCAGCAGCAGCAGCAGCGGCUGCAUGGAGACACCAGUUUGGGUUGCAAUACUUUCCUUGCCCCGAGCACUGGCAAACCAUGCUAUGCCACUGCUCACAAAGGCUUUGCCAGGUGAGGACUGUGCUGCCUCUGCAGCUCCCUUGCAGAUAGUUGCUUUGCUGCCUUGAGGACUAUUCAGAUGCUAUGAAAGGUAACAUGCUGAUAAUGCUGGUGUAGUGUUUCAAGAUGUUAUCUUUUAGGAGUGUUAUGUGUGGGUGUUGAUGAGGCAAAACACUCAGUCAGUGCCUGGAGGCGGCUUCUCCAAGGCUUGCAGCUAGCUAUGGCUGUAUCCACAGGAUCAACACCUGGUUUGGGAAGCAGUUAGAAAAAGGGGAUAUACAGGCAAGGCAGUGCAGUUCAUGGGGACAGUCUAGGACAGGCAUGGCCAAACUUGGCCCUCCAGCUGUUUUGGGACUACAGUUCCCAUCAUCCCUGACAACUGGACCUGUUAGCUAGGGAUGAUGGGAGUUGUAGUCCCCAAAUGGCUAGAUGGCCAAGUUUGGCCAUGCCUGGUCUGGGAAAUGUGCUGCUGUGGAGAAGAGUCCCAAGACUGGAUGGAGGUGGCUGGCUUGUGGGGGGACGGGUAGGGAGAAAAAGGAGGAUGUGUUUGAGCAGUGAUAGCACAUAGUAACAUCCCCUGGUUCUCCUGCUUUUGAAAGCAGGUUUCUCCCCCAGCUCUGACAGCACACACUAGUGACCCAACACAUGCUGUCAUCCUGAGAAGGUGGAAGCAGAGAGGCAGAGAUUCUGUUUCCUAUUGGCCAGAGGCUACGCUGCUGGGUCAAUGACCCUAAGAGUGUCAUCCUAUCCCAAACAGUUGUCAAAUGCAGGUGUUUUUACCUUAUUGAAAUCAGUGUCCGUACCUGCAGGGUUUAAGAAGUGUCUCAAUUUACAGGGCUCAUGCCUCAUCUUCUCUUUGAACUGCUGCUACGCUGCAGAAGAUUCUGGUGGCAAAUUGUCACAAACCAGCAGUGCACCAAGGGAAAUGUAUUUGGGUGGUGGGCUAUGGAAACGAAGCCAUUGCCUCUAGCUAUACUGGCAAAAGAUCUAGAUUGUAGUUUCUCAGACCUUUGUUUCUCCUGUAGGAAUAGCCGUGGGUCACGUCUAUUACUUCCUUGAGGAUGUCUUUCCCAACCAACCCGGAGGGAAAAAGUUGUUACUAACACCAGGAUUCCUGUAAGUAAACCGCCAACUUUAUCAGGCAGUCCUACAAAGCAGGUUGAAGAAUGGCCACCCUCAUUCGACCACAGAAGCACCUGGAGAGGCAGUAUUAUGAUGGACGCAGAUGUGGCGUUUUUCUCCUGCCUUGACUAGAAAGGAUCUUCAGUGUUUGAAGGAAUAGAGCAGGCAUAAAAGGAAAUGGAAAAGGACUACACAUACAUUUUGGUUGUAUACACCUCAAAACGUUAACAGAGACAAAUACCACCAAUGAGCCUCGUUGGUUCCCCAGUGUACGCUUGGUGCCAUACAACAUUUGGGAAGGCUAAGCAGGUCCCAGCAAGCUCCCCGCACCCCGUGUUAUAGUGUUAUAAGAAAGGCAAACUGCUCCUACAAUGCAGGUUGCCAGCCACAGACCCUUCCUUUGCGUAUAGGUCCAUCCUGUUAAGUUAAAUGUUUCUGGUCCUGCUUAGGAGAUUUAGAGCAUGUUUAGAGAUCUUGAUGUUCUUUUCGGUGCUGUUGUGUCUCAGAACAGGGAGCUGUUUUGUAACAGCCUCCCACAAAAACAAGCAAGCAAGCAAAAGGGAAGGAGCAGCUCAUUUGAGCUCCUCUUCCAGUGUAGGAAAGUGUGUGUUUUGUCUUUGCGGCAUGGAUCUCAUUUUGUGGUUGGGGUUUUCCUUCGCAGAAAGCUGGUAUUUGACCCUCCCGAAGAAGACCCCAACUACAAUCCGCUCCCGGAAGACCACCCAAUGCCUGCUCCAGACCAAAACCUGCCACAGGAGCCCCAAUAG